GUACUUUGACCGUCACAAAGGUUUGCUCGUUUUGGAGACAAACACGUAUAGAGAGGCUCCAUUACCGAACCAGCCUGGAAGAGCAUUUUGUGGCCUUGCAAUUCCUGUUUCGGUACGGUUCUGAGACCUGGUGAAUAUCGUGAUGGCUGACGAAACAAAACACGGCUCUUUCACAGAAGAUGUUCGAAAGUACAGCAAUCAGAAAAGGUACAGCGCAGAAGAGGUUGCCUCGGGAGAUGAUACCUCCACACGCAAGGGGAAGGGCAUCUUCUGCAGUCCCCUCAUGAUCUUCUUCACCACCGUCACCGUCUGCAUACUCAUCGCAGCCGCGGCCUUGAUGACGUACUACAUCCCGAUUGCUCUGGAGCCUACCCCAACAAAAGCACCCAUCGAGGACCCUACCAUACCCCUCAUGCGGGGGCGGCUACCGACAACCGUGGUACCCCGCUUGUACCAACUCACCCUGCGCCCGUUCCUGUACGACGACGAUGUGGCCGACUCCAAGCUUGGUAAGAGAUUCACCUUCGAUGGUCAGGUGACCGUCAGAGUCGAGUGCAUCGAACCGACGGAUGAGAUUACUCUACACUCUAAGAGCAUCACACUUCACAAGAGUCCCAUCGUUCGCAGUGUCAGCACUUUGGAUAAGACGACGGACAUCUUCGAGAGCCUAAAGACUGUGGAGGAGUACGCGUUCAUGGUCAUCAAGUUGAAAGAAAUGAUGAAUCCCCACCAGGAAUACAGCAUCGACAUGGAAUACUCUGGUAUUCUAGGAGACGACGAGGCAGGAUUCUACCCUAGCAUGUAUCUGGAUCCAUCGAACAAUACAAGAUACAUCGCGACGACUCAGAUGGAGGGACCGUACGCACGACGCGUGCUUCCAUGCUUCGACGAACCAAGUUUCAAAGCUACCUACGAAGUUCAUCUGGAACACCGCAAUGACAUGAGUGCACUUGCGAACGGCUUGGAACUCGAGACAGUGAAGAUCAAUGACCGUUGGUCAAAAACGAAAUUCACGACUGUGUAUUUCAUGCCUACCUAUCUCCUGGCUUUCAUAGUACAUGACUAUUCGAAUAUAUCUGUGACCAACGACAAUGGAUGCUUGAUUCGCAUUUGGUGUCCGUCACAUCAAAUUGAAUACGCACCCUACGCACUGAAUGUCUCCAACUUAGUUCAAACCUAUUUUGACACGUACUUGGACUAUCAGUACCCACUGGCGAAACAAGAUCACAUAGCGAUCCAGGACUUUGGUGCAGGUGCCAUGGAGAACUGGGGCCUGAUCACCUACCAAGAUAAAUACCUGCUUUACGAAUUAGAAUCCGUACGCGAAACCUUCUAUUCACUGAUCAUCACUCACGAGCUGGCACAUAUGUGGUUUGGCGAUCUGGUGACCAUGGAAUGGUGGAACGACCUGUGGCUUAACGAAGGCUUUGCGACCUACAUGGAACACAUCGGGAUGGACCUUGUGCACCCUGAAUUCCGAACCCCUGAAACCUUCUACACCGACACGAUUACCAGGGGCUUAAGUUCAGACAGUCUGGGUACUUUGCACGCUGUGAGGGCACCCGUUUUCGCAAACGAUGAACACAUAAGUUCCCAGUUCUCAAGAAUAUCGUAUCAAAAGGGAGGUUCCCUUUUGUGGAUGCUGGAGCAUCUCCUUACACUCGAUGUGUUCAACGCGGGAGUUAAAAACUACCUGAAGGAGCGAGCUUACAAAAACGCCAACGCUGAGUAUUUAUGGCGUCAACUGACUGCUGCAGAUAAAGGCAAGGGUGACAAUGACAUAAAGAAGAUCAUGGACACAUGGACCCUACAGCGAGGAUACCCGCUAAUCACGCUGACAAGAUCGACAGACGGAAAGGAAAUAGUGGCAACUCAAAAGAUCUUCCUUCAACUAGAUGCGACACUUGAAAAGGAAGAAUUUGGAAAUCUUGGGUAUAAAUGGUGGGUUCCCCUUACCUACAUGUACGCGUCAGGACGCCCUAACCAAUACGAUGAUCCAUUGAGAUUCUGGUUAGACCCGAGUGAUGAGAAAACGACAUUCCAGCUACCGUCUAGUACGCCGGCCGACGAUUGGUACCUCGCUAAUGUCAAGAUGACCGGUUACUAUCGCGUCAACUACGACGAAAUAAACUGGAAUCGUCUGAUGGCACAAGCCGAGCUUGACACCGAGGCUUUCAGCGAGGAGAAUAAAUUGGGUCUGCUGUACGAUUCCGAGAACCUGGCCAAGGCGGAGGUCAUCAGCAUGGACAUCUACAAGAGUUUCGCCAAAAGUUUCGAGAACAAAACCCUUGAAACCCGGCGAGCUUUGCUGCGUACUUCCUCCUACUUUGACAAGAUGCUUGCGGGAAGGAGUCAUGACAUCAAGAGGCGUUCACUGGGUAAUCACUCUCCAGUCAAGGCUUACAUGAAACAGUUAGCGGACCCGCUGUACAUGGAAUCUGGUUGGGAUGAACAUUUUGUGCCAGAUUUGCCAAGUGGCAAACAUGGCAACAGCCAGUUUGACAUCACAGCAACAGCCUGUCGCUAUGGUCACGAUCAUUGUGUCUCCAAGUCUACCACGCUUUUCAAAGAAUACAUGGGUGAUCCUCAACAUAACACAAUUCCUAAGAACUUCAGGAAGAUCGUGUACUGUAACGGCAUCCGCUUUGGUGGCGACUCGGAAUGGAACUUCGCGAAUGGCAUGCUACAGACGAGUGGCGACACCUGGGAACGAUCGCGAUGGAUAAGCGCCCUCACGUGUUCUGUGGACCACUCUCGUCUCCAAAGAUAUCUACAGUCGAUGUUCGACCCAAGUUUCAGUCGAAAUGAUGCUGCGCUCAUGCUUGUGGGCGUGGCCGAAAAUCCCGAUGGGUACGAGGUGGCUUGGGACUUUGUACGCAACAACUGGGAGGAGGUUCGCAGGAUGUUUAAAAGGAACCACCAAAUGUUAAGUGAUGUCUUGGAGGAGAUAACAUCUCACUUCAAAACUAAUGAGCAACUUCAGGAGCUGCUGGAUUUUGGAAAGGACAGCGAUCUCGGCUCUCUGAAGACCGCUUACGAGUCCGCAGUUGUGUCGACUAAGGUCAACAUCCGAUGGGUGGCCAACAAAGCAGCCGACAUGGAGCGGUGGAUUGCCUCAAGAGUCCAAUGAGAUGGGACGGGGAUGGUGGUGAAGUAUGGAACGCCAAAGCUGCCUUCAGUAGAGACUCGUUUCGUCGGACUCAUCAAUGAUGAAUUUGCAAAAUGGAAUGAUGGAUUUGUCGAAUGGAAUGAUGACGAAUCGAGUGAUAUGAACUAUUGAAGGCAGUUUGGGCGUUCCAUUGUGAUCAUGAUGAUGAGAAUGAUGAUAAUGAUGGGGGAAUAAAAUGGUGAUUGUAAUCGUGCGCUGCAUGAGAAAAAGGAGAGAGUGGUAGUGAAUUAGGUGCAAGUAUUCAAGUCAUCCAAUUUCGAGUCAAGUGAACAGUUAUUAUUCAGUUAAAGUCGGUUAAAGUGUGACAAAGCACUCCUUUGUUUGUCAUUGUUCACCCCUUGUGAUUUGAGUUGUGAUUUGACGUGGCACUGACAUUUUGACUUUUAAUGGUCUUAACAACAAUGAAUCUCCGCAAAAAAAAAGAUUUUGCUUGCAUUUCGUCGAGUAAUAUUGUAUACUACUUGAUUCAGAGAAAAAAGUUCAUGCCACUGUCUAAAACGUAAUUAGGAGUGAAACAAGAAAAUAUUUCCUCCAUUUUUCCACUUAAUUAUGAUGAGUGUUAUUGUUUAUUGUGGUGAAUGAAUACGGUUUGCGUUUGAUGGUGUAUUUUUAAUAAAUUUCGGAAAAGGAUGAUAUAGAUUAGUGAGAGGUCCCCACGAUGCAAAUCGACCAUUAGAAUAGGUUGCGUUUAAGUUGUCCAUGCAAAUAAAAAGACAGUAUCUUCUUUUCAGUAUUUUUUUUCUGCAAAUGUUUAUUUUGAAAAUUGUUCAACGGGGAGAGAUCUUUGCCAUUAGCACUCUUUACCAGUUAUGAAUAUAUUACUAAAUGUAACAUUAGGGAGAACUCUUAUCGUUAUAUUUUCGAUAAUAGGGAGACACCGGUCAUUAGGGAGACACAUAACUGUCUCCCUAAUGGCACAGCCCCAUAUUUGUUGCUCGUG